AAGAGAAAGAAAGUGAUAAAUGAAGGGUGCAGAAGAAGAAAAGAAAAGAAGGGUAGGUGAUUGAUGGAUAUGUAUGUUCAUGGAACGCAGAAGAAAUCUCGAAGUCCAAAGGCGAACACACGCUUAAACUGACCCUUCAGUUAUAGCGAACAUGUUCCUUCUCACCUUCCCAGCUAUAACCUCCCCCUGCUCCCGAACUAUAAAGCCUCCUCGUAAAAUGGAAACCCUUACCUUAACUGGUUUGUUAAAGAAAUCUGCUGCUGAAUUCCCAAAUAAUCGUGCCAUUCAUGUUUCUCGAAAACUCGAUCUGACUCAUUCUCAAUUACAACACCUCAUUGAUCAUGCCGCUUCUCUCCUUGUCGCUUCCGGUGUCUCUCCUGGCCAUGUCGUCGCUCUCACUUUUCCCAACACCGUUGAGUAUGUGAUAAUGUUCUUAGCCGUAAUUCGUUGCCGAGCCAUUGCCGCCCCGCUAAAUCCGGCCUACACAGCCGAGGAAUUCGAGUUUUACCUCUCCGACUCAGAAUCAAAGCUUCUCAUUACAUCACAAGAAGGCAUCCAAUCAGCUCAAACCUCUGCUUCUAAGCUAAAUAUCCCUCACGUAACCGCCACGCUCCAUAUAGAAACCAAAACAAUAUCCCUCUCAAACGCCAUAAAUCUUGAUGAUAACUCGGUAACUGAACUCAUUAACGAAUCAUCUGACGUGGCGCUCUUUCUUCACACGUCUGGCACCACAAGCCGCCCAAAAGGCGUGCCUUUGACUCAGCUUAACUUAGCUUCCUCUGUUUUAAACAUAAAGUCUGUAUAUAGACUCAGCGAGUCUGACGCAACAGUUUUAGUUUUACCUUUAUUUCAUGUUCAUGGCUUACUAGCUGGCUUACUCAGCUCUCUAGUCUCUGGAGCUGCUGUCACUCUUCCAGCCGCUGGAAGAUUCUCGGCUUCAACAUUUUGGUCAGACAUGAAUACAUGUAAAGCCACGUGGUACACAGCAGUCCCUACUAUUCAUCAAAUUAUACUUGACCGCCACGUUAGCAAUCCUGAGCCGGCUUACCCUAAGCUGAGGUUUAUCAGGAGCUGCAGCGCGUCUUUGGCACCGGCUAUAUUGGCUCGGCUUGAGGAGGCUUUUGGGGCCCCAGUUUUGGAGGCUUAUGCAAUGACCGAGGCUUCUCACUUAAUGGCUUCUAACCCGUUACCGGAAGACGGUGGACAUAAAGCCGGGUCGGUUGGGCGACCCGUCGGGCAAGAAAUGGCGGUUUUGGAUGAGAAUGGGGUUGUGCAACCGGUUGGUGUUAGUGGGGAGGUGUGUAUAAGAGGAGCAAAUGUGACUAAAGGGUAUAAGAAUAAUCCUGAAGCUAAUAAAUCAGCAUUUCAAUUCGGGUGGUUUCAUACUGGUGAUGUCGGUUUCUUUGACUCAGAUGGAUACUUGCAUUUAGUGGGUCGGAUUAAGGAGCUUAUUAACCGUGGAGGGGAGAAGAUAUCACCAAUUGAAGUUGAUGCAGUACUUCUAUCUCAUCCUGAUGUUGCUCAAGCAGUUGCAUUUGGGGUACCAGAUGACAAAUAUGGCGAAGAGAUAAACUGUGCCAUAAUUCCAAGGGAAGAUUCGGAUACUGACGAGGCUGAUGUUCUUCGUUACUGCAAGAAAAAUCUUGCUAGUUUCAAGGUUCCAAAGAAGGUUUUCAUCACUGAUUAUCUCCCAAAAACAGCUACUGGGAAAAUUCAGCGAAGGAUUGUGGCAGAGCAUUUUCUUUCUCAAAUCUCUACUGCCAAAGUUCCAAAAUUUGGAGCUUAAGCAGAUAUAGUUCAAUACUCAUCAUAGGCUCCUACGUUCUGGGUCAUUGGUUAUGCUUAUGACUAGACAGGAUUAGCUUUCUAUUUCCGAGUUGUAUUGCUUACUAUCCUCCUCAUGAGGGAUUUACUUAUAGGUACUACUUAAACAUUCAUUUGUGCAUAACAUAUACAUAUCAGCAACAAGAUUCUUUUUGGCUGACUAUUUGUCGAAUGCAGAUGUCAGUAAAGUUCUUGUAUUUAAAUGAUACCAAGUCAAAAUUAUACAAUGAAGUUUCUCUGUA